UACCAAUUCAUUCUUGCAAAAUUAAUGUAUAUGUGUAUCAAAAUAUUUUAAACAUACAUAAAUUUAAUGGAUAAGCAAUGUACAUUCUGUUGAGGCAGGGUCGUGAAUUUUGGUACCCGGAUAUGGCUAAGCAAUAUACGAAAACAAACUUAAGAGAACGUAUUGAUGUAUAUACUCUCUUAAUUCAAUCAUCCCUUGCACUCAACGCGCUGUUUAAUUCGAGGAAUGAAAUGCGAUUGCGUGAGUUACGCAGAGUAUCGUACUUGUUGUCAACUCUAAUUUAGUCUCCGUAUGGCGGUUAUGAAAAGAGGUCCUUUAAGUGAAACAGCCUGCUCAAAAGAAGAUAUAAGGUGGAUAUAAGAUAUCAGAGGCUAUAAACAUGUUUCAUAUACACACACGUCGUACUCGUAAAUAAUCAGUUCGUCGUGAAUAAUAUAAAUGCUAAAAUGAUGGAAUCGGAAAAAUGGCAUAUACAGAUCUAUUUAUUUUUGCUAUUAAUAACUUCAGCCUAUUCAAAUGUGGGAAAAAUGACAUCGUCUCAAAACCACUUUGGGAGUAGUCUUCAAAGUCAGUUUAAUACUAAAAACAAUACUCGGGUCAUCGCCCAGAAGGGAGGACUUGCUAUUUUACCAUGUGUCGUUAAAGUCAAUUCUCCGGCCACGGUUUCUUGGAUUCGAAGAAAAGAUUUUCAGUUGCUUACUGUGGGCUUAUCAACUCACAGUAGCGACAAAAGAUUUUUAGUAGAGCACACACGUCACAUGGGACAUUGGUCGCUAAGGAUUAAAGCUGUUAAGGAAGAGGACCGAGGAUUUUAUGAGUGUCAACUGUCAAUUUACCCAACGCAAUCAAUUUUUAUAGAACUAAAAAUUGUUGAAGCUGUAGCUGAAAUAUCAAACGCAUCUGAUAUUCUUAUUGACGAAACUUCUACGCUUCAACUGCAAUGUAAACUUAAGGGGGCCACGGAAAAUCCAGCAUUUGUCUUUUGGUAUCAUGAGAAUAAAAUGGUUAACUAUGAUGCGCAAGGAGGUUUCGUUGUCACGUCGAUUACUGAAAAUGCAAUCCCUGGUCUCGAAAACGGCCAACAUUUACAGACGAAACCAAAUGGCACUAAAAAUAAAACACAUCGCAGCGCAAUGGAAUCAAAUGGCGAUAGCGCUAUCGUAUCUACUGCAGGUCCAUAUAUUUCUACUUCACCAAUUAGUCCAUUUUCAACAUUACAAGUACAACCACAUAAGUCACCAUAUCUUCCAAAUUCUUCAAUGAGCGUGCUAACCAUCAAAACGGUAACAUUUCAUCAUGCUGGAAAUUAUACAUGUGCACCGUCAAAUGCUAGGCCGGCCAGCAUUACGGUCCAUGUACUGAGAGGAGAAAAACCAGCAGCCAUGCAACAUGCGAAUCGCAGCAUUCUUGACGGAGAGAAUAAUUCCAACAUCAGUUUAGGCCUAAACAGUAUUAAAGGAUUCAAUGGAACCAAUAGUCUACUGGUCACAGGGCCCUCACUACUAUUAUCCGUUCUCUGUUUGCUAGCGAAUCUGCCUUCUGCAUCCCAUUUACAAAAGCAGACACCAAUGAUAUUCUUCGUAUAUGUAUUAUGUACUUUUAAUAGCUGAAAUUUUGAUUAGACUAAAUAACAAGAAUUAUAGAGUAAUUUAAAUCAAUUGGCUUCGGCAAUUGGAAUUAAGGAAUUGUAUAUAAAUAAUACCACACAUUUAAAGAUACUCAUGAAUGCGGUACAUACGAAUACAUUAGUAUCACGAUACCAAUAUUAAGAUGUUUAAGUUAAAAUUGUAAAAAGGACUUGACUAUAUGAUAUGAUUAUAUGAUAAAUUAAUGAAAGCUGUCUUCGGCAUACCAAAAACUGAUAUAACGAUGUAGACUUAUUAAAAAGUUGUUCCUACGGUAGCUAUAUGGUAGUUUUGUCGAUCGUUCGAUCUACGCAUUUCCAUUUAAAAUGACAGCUAUCGGGGUUCAGUUAAGGUCUCAGUAUAUAAACUGUGAUAUAAUUUGAUGUAGAAUUAAUAAAAAAUUGUCAUUUAAAUCAAAAAUAUUUACCCUUAAAACGUCACAUUUAUGCUGACUGCCGAUAAACAUAUUUAGAUGAAAUACUCACUUUCCAUCAACCUACAACCUUAAGAACUAUAUUAAAUAAUGUCACAUUUCUAAAUAGUUUCAUUAAAUUUGUUCAAGCAUUAUCACGUGGGUCGUAUUACAAUAUCCAAACACUUAUUCCAAUUAGCAUAAAAAUAAAGUAUUUAAAGGGCAAUUAAAAAAAAAACAUUAAAAAUAAUUAUUUUUUGAUAAAACUCAAAUUAUAACAAAGUUUAUAAAAUUUUUUUAAAUAAAAGAGUCAUACAACUAUUGUUAUUGCUUAAAGAAGUUGGAAAAUAUAUCAUUAGCUAAGCCGAUUUUAAUCUCAAUAAUUUAUAUUAUUAUCUAAUACUUUCAACUUAUUAAUAUGAUUACUCGCUGUUUAUUAUUUGAAAGACAGAUUGAUGUAUAUGGGUAUUUUUUAUGAUUCUGAAGAAACUCUGAUCUCAUAGAAUGCGUAAAUUUUCAAUCAUCAUUAAGUCCCUUAUUAAGUUUCCAGCUUAAGUAUGUGCAUAUUACCCGAUUAUAAAACAAUGUUUUGAAUAUUUUUAUUAAAAUGCAGCAUUCUUUAUAUCUAAGUUUAAUACCUUCGGCAAAAAAAAUUCAAAAAAUAUAUUGUCAAGUUGUCUAAGUUUUUGAAUGGAAUUGAUAAGUAUUUUUUAUAGAUUACAGAGUACAACACCAAUUUAUGAAUUGCAACUAGAGCAUAGGAAAAUUUUAGCGCACUAAUGAUUUCUAUGUAUGUAUGUUUUUAAUGAACACAUUGUAAUUUUAUAUAUUCUUAUUUCCUUUCAAAAUAUGGUCAAUUAAAUUUAUGUAAAAUUCAAUUUCCUUUAUUUAAUUUGUUCAUCAAAUUAUACAAAUUAUGCCUAAUAAAAAGAAAAAUUAUAGUAUAAGGAGUACUGGAAGGUUAGAAUGAGAUAUGUGAAUGUGUAUGUCUAACUUAUUUACUAGUUGUGGUAUCUAAAGGCCAAUUUAAAAAACA